GGAAGGGAUGGCGGGGGUCUCGGGGGGCGCUCCCCGGCUGCCCGGGGCGCUGUGCCUCGCCGCCUGCCUGCACCUGGUGCUCGGGAGGGACGCCGGAGCACAGUGGACCCUGGAGAAGUAUUCUCACCAACCAAGAAUUUUAGGUUCUGAUGCUAUUCAAAAAGUUGUGGCAAACACAGAUAUUUCUGAAAUGUGGCAGAACGAUUUGCGCCCUAUCCUGAUAGAAAGAUACCCAGGAUCACCGGGAAAUUAUUUCGUACGACAGCAUAUCAAGCACCGUCUUCAAAGAUUAAAGGCUGGUUGGGAAAUUGAAGAAGAUACAUUUCAGAGAUACACACCAUAUGGAUAUCAAACAUUUUCAAAUAUUAUCAGCACUCUUGACCCCUCUGCAAAACGCCAUCUAGUACUUGCUUGCCACUACGACUCAAAAUUCUUUGGACAACAAUGGCAGGAGAGAGUGUUUGUAGGAGCAACUGAUUCAGCCGUGCCCUGUGCUAUGAUAUUGGAGUUGGCACGUGCUCUGGAUAACAAGCUUCAGUUAAUCAAGACCAGCUCAACUUCAAGACCAGACCUUUCACUUCAGCUCAUUUUUUUUGAUGGUGAAGAAGCCUUUGUCCGGUGGUCCCCUUCCGAUUCCCUCUAUGGAUCUAAACACUUAGCUCAAAAAAUGGUAUCUACUCCACAUCCACCUGGUUCAACUACAAACCAGCUGCAGGGCAUAGACCUGCUUGUACUACUGGAUUUAAUUGGUGCACCAAACCCAGUCUUUCCAAAUUAUUUUCCAAAUACUACUCGAUGGUUUCAGAGGCUUCAAGCAAUUGAGCAAAAGCUACACAACAUGAAUCUGUUGAAGAAUCACCUUGUUGAAGGACAGUAUUUCCACAGUACUUUACAUCGAGGCUUGGUUGAAGAUGACCACAUCCCAUUUUUAUUAAGAGGAGUUCCAGUCCUACAUCUGAUUCCAUCCCCUUUUCCUGCAGUAUGGCAUACCAUGGAGGACACAGAAGAAAACCUCGACAAAACCACUAUCGACAAUCUCAACAAAAUCCUACAAGUGUUUGUACUGGAAUAUCUCAACCUGUGAUAGACAAAACAUCAACAAAUUGUACUCCAUUUUAAAUACUGUUUGCCCACCUUCACAUUUGCUAUUUAAUUGAACUGGAGAGCAGUAAAGCAAAGCAAAAUAAGAUAGCUCUUGCUAGACUGAUUAUUGAUUCAGCUGUUCCUGGCCCAAUGUUCCAUGUAGCCAAAUAAGAGAGCAUUAAAUAAGAACUAGUUCAGCCUGGAAAGAAUUUGAUCUUUCCAUGUCUUCCCUCUGAAUAAAAAAUAACCCAGAAUUUCUU